UCUUAUUCGCAAUUCUAUCGGAUGCGCACCGGUUGACAUCAAACAUGAAAAAGAUGCAUAUAAUUUAGUUAUAAUGUAAAUGUGUGUAUUCUCCUGCAAACAAGAGUUUACCCGUAUCGUUGAAAUAUUUGACACCAUUGCAAUAAACCGCAAGGGACAGAGGAUCCAUUGAAUAUUGAGGAGCAAGCAAGGAUGGAGACAGUAUGUUGUAAAGGAGCGUCAUUGGAUGGUGACAUGCUAAUGGUCAUCGUUAAACAAGAGGAAGAAGACCAUAUGGAGCAGAUGUCCAAUGGUCCACUGUCAUCUGACACGCUCAUCAAACAGGAGCAAGAAGAGGGCCUAGAACAAGGCACUACAGCUUCAGCUCCAGAUGACCAACUCCCUGAGGAAACAGACACCCUGGAAGAAGCAGAGAAGGAAGGGAAAGACAGGAGAGGUGCUGGUCUGCUGUUAAGACUGAUGAUGUCUCUGGGUCAGACUCCAGUUGGUGCUGCAGACUGUCAGCGCUGCUUCAGUUCCUCCUGGCAGCUGACGGGACACUGUUGUACUGGCAUAGCGGGGGAGGACGGGGUCGUCCAUGGCCACGAGGUCAAACUGGAGUUCCAGUGCCCAGUGUGUGGUGACCGCUUCCUCCACGCCUUCAUCAUGCACAAGCGCAGUCACAUGGGCCAGUCCCAGUACGUCUGUGGGGUCUGUGGACGGACGCUCGAGCCUGUGCAUGCAGUCCUCCCACAAGUACUCACACUCCUGCCGCCGCGGGACUGGCUGAACGACAGCAGUGCCAUGACUGCAGCCAGAGCUUCUGCAACUUGACGGCACUCAGAAGCCACCGGGAGAGACAGCAUGGAGAUGAGAGGAACUGGAAGGAUGAGGAGGACAGGGUGGUGAGAGAGGAAGCAGAGGGAAGCACUGCAGUAAUCUCUAUUGAUUCAACCUGAGUUUCAGUAGCCCAGCCUCCCCAGUCUCCUCAGUGCCACCAGUGUUUCAUGACCUUUCAGGAUGCAGAGACAGAAGAGAGGCAUUUACGCUUCAAGCACCCAGUAGAGUAUGAGAGACAUCUCAGAGGUCGCACAGUGUUUGCCUGCUGUGUCUGCAACCGAACAUUCCCCUCUUCCCGCCUGCUCUCAGCUCACCAACGCACCCACAGCAAGUGGAGUCUGCCCCCUACUUGGACCAGAAGACUCUGUCCAAGAAAGCACAGAUGGAGGAGAGGCUGAGGGUAUAGACAAUGGAAAAAACAGAGCUGGUCCAAUGAGCUGUGAGCACUGUCAUAUCAUCUUCAAUGACCCUCGAACCUGGGAACGUCACAUGACGGCCAAGCACCCCCCCAUCCCUGUCGACACCUACUUCACCAGGGAAUGCCUACCUGACUUCUAGACCUGCCAGGGGUCAACUACGACCCUAUCGCUGCUCAUCCUGUGGAGAGAGAUUCAUACAGGAAAGCACUCUGACCAAACACGGCACCAAGGCACGCGUCAGCUGAGAGAGGAUGAUUCUGGGAGCAUAGAUGCCAAGAUGAAGAGGACAAUAGGCAAGUUGGAGUGAGAUAUACUGUGUUUAAAAGUGUUCGAUGGGGUUGAGGUCAAGGCUCUAUGCAGGCCUGUCAAGUUCUUCCACACCGAUCUCAACAAACCAUUUCUGUAUGGACCUCGCUUUGUGGACGGUGGCAUUGUAAUGCUGAAACAGGA